AUGAUGCAAAGUGCGGCGGUCCUCCCCACAGAGAGUCCCGUGAAGAGUUUACCGGACAUCCUGGGAGUGCCACUGCAACAGAUUCCUCAGUGCGCGGGCUGCAGUCAGCACAUCGUGGACAAGUUCAUCCUGAAGGUCCUGGACCGGCACUGGCACUCCAAGUGCCUCAAGUGCGCCGACUGCCACACGCCGCUGGCCGACAAGUGCUUCUCCAGGGCCGGCAGCGUCUACUGCAAGGAGGAUUUCUUCAAGCGGUUCGGGACAAAAUGCGCAUCCUGCCAGCAGGGGAUCCCUCCGACGCAGGUGGUGCGGAAGGCGCAGGACUUUGUGUACCACCUGCACUGCUUCGCGUGCAUCAUGUGCAGCAGGCAGCUGGCCACGGGGGACGAGUUCUAUCUCAUGGAGGACGGGCGGCUGGUGUGCAAGGUGGACUACGAGACGGCCAAGCAGAACGAUGAUUCCGAGGCGGGGACCAAGCGACCGAGGACCACCAUCACGGCCAAGCAGCUGGAGACCCUCAAAAGUGCCUACAAGAACUCCCCCAAGCCGGCGCGACACGUCAGGGAGCAGCUUUCCUCCGAGACGGGCCUGGACAUGAGAGUGGUGCAGGUUUGGUUCCAGAACCGCCGGGCGAAGGAAAAGCGUCUAAAAAAAGAUGCGGGUCGCCAUCGUUGGACUCAAUUUUACAAAAGUGUUAAACGCAGCCGAGGAGGGUCAAAGGUCGAGAAGGAGAGCUCGGCGGACGACGCGGGGCUCAGCGACAGCGAGCUGAGCUUCAGAGACGAGCAGGUGCUCUCGGACCUGGGCCACGGCAACGGGCUCUACGGGAGCGUCGGCGACGUGACCGGCGGCGCGGUGCUGAACGGCGGCUUCUCGGUGGACCCGGCGGGCCAGCCGUACCACGACAUCCGCGCCGGAAGCCCCUACGGCCUGCCGCAGUCGCCCUCGUCCAUCGCCUCCCUGCCCGGCCACACCCCCCUGCUCAACAACCUGGCCUUCACCAUGGACGCCCUGGGGGCGCAGGGCGGGCCGGGCGGCGUGGGCCAGGCUCUGAGGGCCAUGGUGGGCGGACCCACCUCAGACCUCUCCACGGGCAGCAGUACGGGCUACCCCGACUUCCCCACCAGCCCUGCGUCCUGGCUGGAUGAGAUGGACCAGUCUCAGUUCUGA